GCUGGGCUGGGCUGGGCUGGGCUGGGCUGGGCUGGGCUAGGCGGGUGUGCUGAGCUCGCCUACACAGAGCAGCUCCGAAAGCCGCUGUCCUCCACCAAGCCUGGGAAGCCAAGCCAGAGCUGCCAGUGAAGCACUAGGCUUUGGGAACUGACGAGGAUAUCCUGUGAGAAAAGCAUCCUACUGAAUUGGAUCAUGUAUGAGCCUCCCAACAGCAGCAGAUAGAACAGAGUAGACUCCAGCACUGAAAAUAAUCCUUGCAGAGGAAGAGGAGCGGGUGAGCUGAAGGAGCAACUACAACUUCCAAGUAGAUGUCUUUUCACCUCUGGGAAGCGAAUGGCGUACACAUUAGUGUUACAGCCUCCUUCGUAGGAAACGCAGCAGAAUGUCAGUAAAUUCUCAACAUGCAAAUAACAAAUCAUAGAAAAACAUUCAGAGUAACUCAGUUUAAUUUUACAAAUUGUGAUUCCAGAGAAGAAAAAUAAGAGAAAAAGGAACACCAAAGAGAAACUUUAAAAUUGUCUAUAAAGAAUCAACCAGAUUUCAAAAUUUAAUGUGUUGGAGAAGCCCCGCCCAGCACCCUGAUGGCCAGCAACAACACCGCCAGCAUAGCACAAGCCAGGAAGCUGGUAGAGCAGCUGAAGAUGGAAGCCAACAUCGACAGGAUAAAGGUCUCCAAGGCAGCCGCGGACCUGAUGGCCUACUGCGAAGCGCACGCCAAGGAGGACCCGCUGCUAACCCCCGUGCCAGCAUCGGAAAACCCCUUCCGGGAGAAGAAGUUCUUCUGCGCCAUCCUUUAGGCCUUCCGGAGGUGGCGGCUGCACCUCGGGGCUCCAGGGACUUGGAUGUAGAGUUUGUAGCAAAGUGGGCACCUUUGUAGCCCAUGGCAUUUGACGAGAGAGGGAGAAGACAGUCCUGGCGAGUCCAGGCCCUGCAUGUUUCAAGAACGUCCCCCUUUAGGAGAGUGAGCGCCGACCCCCGUCCUGAGUUGAGACCUAGCACUGCAGCUCUGCCUGGCAGAGAGCAGUGCGUCCACACACAAUUGGUGUCACUUCUGUUACCCACCCCCCACACCCCUUCUGUUUCUGCUUCCUAUUUAAAAUUUUUUUAAAUAAAAAAUAAACAAUCAAACCUGAAACAGA